GAAUUUCGCAACGAACAUUUUCACCCUCUCCAGAACACAACAUUAACGCUAACAGCAAGAGUCAUUUCAGUAGAGCUCUGCCGCUUUUAACAACGAAAUUUGUAGUUUCAACAAGCAAUAAAACCCACACCACAAGUUAGCAGCAGCAACAACAUCAGCAACGGCAACAGCAACAGCAACAGCAACUGUAGUACCAGAACAGCCGCAGCAACCAACCACAAGCAACUUCCUCUGCUUACAGCGAAACUAAAUUGCAACUCCAACGAAGUCAGCAUCAAAGUAAGAAUUGCGAAGCGAAAUGCAAUCGACUGAUUCUGGUGGUGGACCAAUAAAUUUAAAUCAGCAUACAGCAACUGGCACAGCAGAAACAGGAACAGUCUCAGCACCAAGCGAAAAAACUACAUCAUUCACAACAUUCAAUACACCAACAAUAACAACCACUGGCAUCACAGAUACACCCAGUAAAAAUCCUUUCAAGCAACAUCUCAGCAACACGAAUGCAGCUAGCAACACCACAGGCAAUGCACCACAACAGCGAACAUUACCACAACCACAGCAGCACAAUGCAAAUGCAGUCGCUGCAGAUGGCGCUCAUGAAUCGGAAUGUGGCGCUAUACAUGGUGCUGGAGGAACUACGAAUGCUACAACACCGGGCAAAACAAAUCAGUCACAUAUGUUUGGUGCCCAUUUAACAUCCCCACAGCCGCCACCAGACCAAUACCGACAGGAGGAUCCGAGCGCUGCCGGCUCAUGGGCUGCAUUUAAAAAUUGGAUGAUAGGCUGGCGUGGCUCUCGCCGUUUAGUAUUAGUAAUUGUAGCAAUAGCUUUGCUAUUGGAUAACAUGUUGCUGACAACCGUUGUUCCUAUUAUACCCGAGUUCCUGUACGAUAUACGGCAUCCGGAUGCACCACUUGACAGUUUUCCGCGCACACCAUUAACCCUAAACACACCGCCUCCACCAACGCAGUGUCCUUGCAACAGCGAUGGCGAUUUGUUGCCCACGGUGGAAGUAUCAACAUUAUCCCCAGAGGAAAAUGAAACCCUAUAUCGUGAGUUGGAGGAGCGUCACAAUGAGUUGGUGGGUGAAACGGUGGAAGUUGGCAUUUUAUUUGCUUCUAAGGCCUUUGUGCAGUUACUAGUUAAUCCAAUUGUUGGACCUUUAACGCACAGGAUUGGUUAUAGUAUUCCAAUGUUUGCUGGUUUCGUAAUUAUGUUCUUGUCUACGCUGAUUUUUGCUUUUGGACGUUCCUAUCUGGUACUUUUUAUAGCGCGUGCAUUGCAAGGUAUUGGCUCAUCGUGUUCGUCUGUGUCUGGUAUGGGCAUGCUUGCUGAUCGCUACACAGAUGAUAAAGAGCGCGGGAAUGCAAUGGGCAUUGCAUUAGGCGGUUUGGCAUUGGGUGUUCUUAUUGGUCCACCAUUUGGUGGGAUAAUGUAUGAAUUCAUAGGCAAGUCUGCGCCAUUUUUGGUGCUGUCUGCGCUGGCUUUAGGUGACGGUCUACUCCAAUUGUUUAUGUUGCAACCAUCGAUACAACAUGCUGAAUCGGAACCUCCUUCCUUAAAGGCACUAAUUAGUGAUCCAUAUAUACUUAUAGCUGCAGGUGCCAUAACUUUUGCUAAUAUGGGUAUUGCUAUGCUAGAACCAUCUUUACCAUUAUGGAUGGUAGAUAAUAUGGGAGCGACACGUUGGGAGCAAGGUGUUGCAUUUCUUCCCGCUUCAAUAAGUUACUUAAUUGGCACAAAUCUGUUUGGUCCUUUGGGUCACAAAAUAGGGCGUUGGUUCGCAGCUUGUUUGGGCUUGGUUAUUAUUGGUGGCUGUUUAAUUAUGAUUCCAACUGCAACUUCGAUAACUCAUCUAAUUAUACCAAAUGCUGGACUUGGCUUUGCGAUUGGUAUGGUAGAUUCGUCAAUGAUGCCGGAAUUGGGUUAUCUCGUUGACAUACGACAUUCGGCAGUUUAUGGAAGCGUUUAUGCUCUAGGUGAUGUAGCGUUCUGCGUUGGUUUCGCUGUAGGUCCUGCACUAAGCGGUACGCUUGUUAAAUCGAUUGGUUUUGAAUGGAUGCUUUUCGGCAUUGCCAUAAUAUGUUUCUUAUAUGCGCCUCUACUUAGACUAUUGAAGAAUCCUCCCACUAAGGAAGAAAAGAAGUCUCUUAUAAUUGGCGAACGGUCGGCGGUACGUUAUGUUACUUAUCAAAACUAUGAUGAUGAGUAAGAUAUAUUAUAUAUAAUUUUUAUAAUUUUAACUUGAAUGAGUUUAAAAAAAAAUCUUUCGAAAUCAACCAAAAUAUCAAAAAUAUCAUAUGAAGUUUAUUGUGUCCCAAAGUUUCUAUAAUACUAAUAAUAUUAUACAAUAUCAAUAUAAACAUAAAUUAAAUAUAAAUUUUUGAAGGCAAUAUUUGCUAUCAAACCACGGACUUGAGCCUACCAACAUUUGAAUCUCUAAUAAUUAUAUCCAAUAAUCAACAAUAGAGACUAUACAUAUAUAAAAUAAAUACUUAAGUGUUGCUUAAACUAUACUCAGAUGAUUGAAAAGGUAACAAAAAUUGGGAACAAUAAAAUGCACAUGUUAUGA